UCUGUCUGCAAACAAAAGAUUUCGUCAGUGUUUUUCAGGAGACCGAUAUUAUUGUCCCGUGUUUUUUUCUGAAGGGGCGAGCACCUUUUUUGCUUCUUAAUCUUUUAUUCACGAUCAAACGAAAUAUUGGUCACACUAUAUUUUAGAAGCGUAAAGUAAACUUUGAACAACGAUGUCAACGCAAAAACGUAUAACUCAGGAAGAGAUUCUACAUGACUCAUGGAUUGAGCUUCACUUUGAUUCAUGUAGUGAGCCUAGUGAAGACACACCAGCACUGUGUGAUAUCACAGACCUGGAGAAAAUGCUUCUGGAAGCACAGUGCGAGUCCAGCAGCAGUUCACGGACAAGUUCUCACUGUAGCAGUCCUCGAUGCAUCCAGGAACCUCCACUCAUCAGUGCAGUCUCCUUGAACUCACACACCAAUGCACAGGAGGAAGUUGUAGCAGAGAGCAAACAGGAAACUGAGGCUGUCAUGAGGAUCUGUGACUGGCCCAGCCGGCCGGAGAAUCUCCCACGUGCAGCAUUCAUCAUUAAACGGCCAAAGCGGAACCGAGUGUGCAGCAGAAAUAUGAUCAAAAAUGAUGAAGAAAUUAACACACACUUGCUGAAACUACUACUACCCUCCCUAAUCUUUACACACAUCAUCAUGCUUGGGUUGGGGAUCUGUAUUGGACGACGCCUCUCUGCUCAGUGUUCUGUUAUCUGAGGCAUAGCAUAUGAGUGUGUUGGGAUGCUGUGCGUCAGGAUCUCUCUGGGAUAAUCUCUGUUUAAACUAGAGAACCUGACAAACUAUUGCUGGAAUCCCCAUUGUUGUCCUCCAGGAGAAAUGUAGAACUAUGUAAGAGGACACUAUGAAAAUAUGAUAGAAGUAGAAACUCUCAGCAAUAACGUUUUCUUUGGUUUUCCAGCAGGGACUUUUAUGGCACAGAAUUUGUAUAGAUUAGCCCAGUUUUGUCUGGGGACCAGAUUUCUGAGCCUUAGAUAAGAUAAACCAGGAAGUUUGCCUAAUCGAUUUCAGCCUUUUGCUUUGAGUUAAUUUUAGUCCAUGAGAAAUACUUGAUGUUUUGUUAACAUAUAAACACACAAACAUUGCAUCAUUAUUUUAGUAACCAGGUCGCAUUGUAGUACUCCAUCUGAUCUGCUUUUACAAUAUUUUCAUCAUUUAAAUUGUUUUGUGUUAAGGCAUUGUUCUUAACAUGUAAUGAAAAAUGGAAAUCAGAGCAGUCUAAAUAAUUAAAUCAGCAUAUUCUUAAUAUGAUAUUUCAUGGAAAAUGAAUAAACCAUGCUGCCAAAGUCCAUUUACACACACGCACACAUGCAAAUCUUUUAAACCAGUUUUGCAUCCAUCUAUCUUUUUUUUUUAUGAACAAUUUUGAUAGCACCUCUGUUAGUAAGUGUUAUUAGUUCUGAUAACUGAGUUGAGGAAUCUAGUACCAGAUCAUUAGCUUCAUUUAAGGGCUUUCUCUCAGCAACUACCAGAGGUCUGAGUUUAGGAAUAGUUCUCCAUACAGCAAUUGUAAAUGGGCAUGGGUGCUGUUGAGCUCUAAAAAUGAAAGAAAAAAGCAUCAUAACAUUAAAGUAUAAUAAAGAUAUUAUGGGCUCACUGCAGCUGCAAUCUCCUGGUACAUUUGACUAGACUACAAUUUUUCAGUUAAUAUGAACCUAUGAAUUUUUUUUAUUUUUUUUAAAUGCACGUACAUAGAAGUCAAAUGCAAAAUGUCACAAAUGUUAUACACCAAAUAAAUCAGUAAAUAUGAUGUUCUAAGCAACUUUGAAGAAUACCAUAUUACCAUGGAACCUAUACCAAAACCUUGUUAUCAUGUCUAAAAACAUGGUUAAAUGGCAGUGAUUGUAACCUAUAAUUGUUUAUAUGGCUAUUACUAAAUCAUAAAAAUUCUAUUUUUAUCAAUAUUGUUGUGCAUUACUUUGGAUAUUUUCUGAAGGUGUUGGUAGUUUUUGGUAGUUUGAAAUACCCCCAUCCUCCCCUGGAAUCUACGCCCCUGCUUAUAUAAUAUGUAUUGUGUGAGAUGUAGAAAGUCUGUAACAUCUUUUAUAAAUAUGUCCAUUCCUCCUCCUCCUCCUCCUCCUCCUACUACUACUACUAAUAAUAAUGUGGGGCCUGGGUUGCUCAGCAAGUAAAGAUGCUGACUACCACACCUGGAGUCAUAAGUUUGAAUCCAGGGCAUGCUAAGUGACUCCAGUCAGGCUUCCUAAGCAACCAAUUGGCCCGGUUGCUUGGGUGGGUAGAGUCACGCUGGGUUAACCUCCUCGUGGUCGCUAUAAUUUGGUUCUUGCUCUUGGUGGGGAGCAUGGUGGGUUGUGCGUGGAUGCCGUGGAAAAUAGAGUGAGUAUCCACACGCGCUACAUCUCCGCAGUAAAGGGCUCAACAAGCCAUGUGAUAAGAUGCACGGAUUGACGGUCUCAGAUGUGGAGGCAACUGAGAUUCUUCCUCCGCCACCCGGAUUGAGGCGAGUCACUACGCCACCACGAGGACCUAGAGCACACUGGGAAUUGGGCAUGCCAUAUUGGGUAAUUUUAUUAUAUUUGUGUUUUUUUGUGUGUGUUUUUUUCCACAUUAACCUGGAAUUUAUAUUACAAUUCCUCAUUUUUAUCUCUACUCUCUCAGGCAAUUGUGUUUGAAGGUCAAGGUAAAAAUGCUGAAAUGUGUUGUGUUCUUAUACACAAGACAAUGUGCAGGAAACUUUGAUCCACAUGUCUUGUGUGAAAUGAAAUUAAAAUACACACUGAUAGGCACAAUCACAUGUACACUAAGACAAACACACAAAAUUGUCUAAACAACUGUCUAAAUAAAAACCUCUUAACAAUAGGUUUAAAAGUGUGAUCAGUGUUUAUUUGCUUUCAUUGCUAUGUUUAAUACAUCAUGUCAUUUUACAGUUGACUCAAUGAAAUUUGUGUACCAGUACAGUAUGUCUGUAUGUGUGGAUUUUACAGUCGAUGAUGUAAUAAGAAUAUUUGCGGAAACAGAAAUGAGAUGCCAUCAGAUCCAGUCAUUAUCAUCAUGUAGGACAUUAUCACAUGCUGAUACUGUACUUUAUUAUUUAAAUUAAAUAUAACACAACACAGUGCAUUCAGAAAGUAUUCAGACCCCUUCAUUUUUUUUCACAUU